AUUGAUUUUCAGCGAUUACAUGGAAACAAAUAAAUUUAGAAUGGCUAUUAAUUUGGAAAUCAUAUGUUAGAUAUUUCAAUUGGAUAGCGGAUUCUUAAAUCUCUAAUAUGUUCUAAUGUUCACUAAAAGUAAUAUUUAUUAUACUAUUCAGAUUACUUCUUGUAAUUCCAAGUUUUUGACCAAUCAAAAAAUUGAUACGUUUCGUUAAAUCUAUUGUACUAAAUCAAUCAACUGAUUAAAACUAAAUCCAAAACCUGUCAGAGACACUUGAAGGGAAUUUGAUUUAAUGAAGACAUAUUGUUAUUGGUUCUUUAGUAUACAUUAUCCUUUACUCAAUAUGAUCAUAUUAGAGUUGCUUAUGCAUCGAAGUGUCCAUUAGAUAUUGUCCGGUAAAUUUGUAUUUGCAGUUUCACCGAAAUGGAAGGAAUCAAACUAGGAAAAGAUCCGUUAUUCACAUUGAUUGAAAUAACUCAUGAAUUGAAAACUCGUUUUUCAAAGAUUUCAUUUUUCAUUAGAAUCUUGGGUGUUUUUGCUGCAGUCUCUCUAAUGACAUCUUUGAUAUCAACAGUCUUCUAUGAAAACAAACAGCAUCUCCAAUACAUGGGACUGAUAAGUUUAUUUCACAUUUUUAAUUUAUUAUUAACCGAGUUUAAUCAAAAAUGGAAACAUCGUUACAUAUUUUUGACAGUCAUCAUAAUCCACUGCCUUUGGCUCGGAUCAACUUGCCUUUUCCUCAUUACAUACAUUUUUAUCCUUGAACCAAAAGAGAAUUCAUCUAAACGCGAUUUCAACAAGGAGAUUCAUUUUCAUGUUGUUCUCUUUCUUUACUUUGCGACAUCCCUUGUAUUAUUUUAUCAUGUCAAUGAUUUUUGUGAAUACUUAAUCAGGAAUCCAUUGGUAGCCUCGAAAGAGGAGACAAUAAUACAAAAAUCUUCAACAUCCUCUAUAAAAUCAACUGGCUCAUCUCCACCGUUACCACCACCGUUACCUUUGGUUCAUCCACCGAGUUACAAGUCACUUGAAAUACCAAAUUUGGGGAAAAAGGAAUUGCAAAUUAAGCCGAUAAAUGAACUUCAGUUGCAGCUCAAACCGAUUAAAAAGGUUCAAACAAAUGUUCAACCAAAAGCUCAAGCAAAAGCUCAAACAAAGGUUCAACCAAAGGUCCAACCCACAUUAAGUCCAACAAAAAUGCCAAUAAAACUCAAUAAAGUAGCAAAAAAAUGAACAUUUGAUUAUCAUUCGUACGUUUAA